CUUUCCGCAUCACAACUUUCUGCUGAGCAGACAAUAGUAGGUGGAAACAGGGAGGAACCAUUGCCGCUCCAGGUGUCGCACUAAACACGGAGCAGUUCGCUGUCGAUCUGCCUGAGAUUAUCGUUGGCGUGAUCACGGCGAAUCCUCCGUGUGGAAGUUCAAGUCGGACGACUGUCGCGGCGGUUUGCAGUUUUACUGAUUAGCGGACUUAGGAAAAGAGCGCCUUGGAAACUGGAUGCGGCUCAGUUUGUCAUUUCCAUCCAAACCCCCGGAGUGUCACCUUGCAUUUGUUGUUAGGCUACCUCUCUGAACUUCAUUACGUCAUUUGCAUGCCCCGAGGUCAGACAAUGAGGAGGGUCUCCUGGUGGGGCAAUGAUUGGUAGCGGAAGGUGUCCCGGCCACAGUCAAGCGGAAAAGCCCACCAAAGUCGGAUUGCAGUCGGCAGCAGCGCUCCCGGUGACGACACCUGCCAGCCGGGACGUAUGACUACAGCGGACGCAUAUUCUCUAGGAUAUAACCAGUUGGUCAACAGAUAGCACUGCAGCGUUACCAUGGAGGUGGAGAGGCAGGAAAUCCCAGUGGACAGCUCUCCCUCCCAGGUUGCCCGCGGUGACGUGGACGAGGAGAAGGCCCAGGGCCACAACUGCGAGCUAUGCGGCCGCACGUUCCCUUUCCUCAGCUCGCUGUCGCAGCACAUGAGGAAGCACACUGGCGAGAAGCCCUACAAGUGCCCGUACUGCCAGCACCGGGCGGCGCAGAAGGGAAGCCUGAAGGCCCACAUCCGCAGCCACAAGCUCGACGGCGUAAGUCCGAGCGAGGUCGCCUCGGCCGAGGACGAGGGCGUCGACAAGGAAGGGGGCGUGCCCGAGGAGCAGUGCUCCAGCCCGACGGAGAGCACCUCCGCCUGCAACAGGGUGGUGGACGGCGAGGAGGCAGCCAAGGCCAGGAAGAAAGCGGUUAAGAAGGAGAGGCCGGCCGGCGAGGGGGGCAGGCAGUGCUCGCUGUGCCGGAAGCGACUGCGGAGUCAGGCGGAGCUGGAGCAGCACAUGCAGGAGCUCCACGACGCCGCGGCGGAGGAGCAGCCGCCGGCCCGGCCCGAGAGGGCGCUGCCCACCGGGGAGGAUGCGGAGGAUGGCACUGGGGCGGAGGAGGCCGAGGAGGAGGGAGGCGAGUUCGGUGCUCCGGCGUGGUCCCUGAGAGCGCAUGAGAAGAAGCACCAGGGUGCUCCGCACCACGGCUGCCGCAUCUGCGGCCGGCGUUUCCGGGAGCCCUGGUUCCUGCGCAGCCACAUGAAGACGCACGCGGGCAGGGCGCGGCCCAAGAGCGACUCGGAGCAGACGGCCACCGUCAACGAGGUGCCACAGGACGAGGGGGCGCUGGCCCGCGCCGCGUGCCUGUACGAGCUGUGCGGCAAGUGCGGCAACUUCUUCCACAGCCGCAAGAGUCUGCGGCUGCAUGAGCGGGUACACAAGAGGGCGGGGCAGGGGGUGGGGCAAGCGGCCGGCGACGCCCACGACUCCUCCUCCCCGCUCACCAAGAGGCGGUUCCUCGAACGGCUGAGCCUAAAGGCGGCGGGGGACGCGGAGAAGGUUUCGGCGGGGGAUCUCGGCAAGCGGAUCCCAGAGCUGGAUCCAGUGAGCAGCUACCAGGCCUGGCAGCUGGCCACCAGGGGCAGGGUGGUGGAGGUCUCCGAGAAAGGCCUGGGCUGGGAUGAGCGGCUGGCCGAUGCCGACGUGGCCUACGACAGGGAGAAGGGCGAGUAUGUGCUGCUCAGGCAAGACAAGCGGAAGAAGCAGCUCGACGCCUCGCCGGGAAUCCCCAGCAAGAAGAAGCGGGGCGCGGCCACCCUGGGCAGCGCGGCCGCCUUCCCCGAACACCCACGUGGCGGCGGGCAGGUGCCGACCAUGGACGGAAGCGCUGCGGAAAGCAGCGGUGACUCUGGAUACCGCCCCUCUCCCCGCCAUGGCCGGAAGAACUCCCAGAGCAAGACCUCGGAAUGCUUGGAGUGUGGGAAAGGCUUCCGAACGCAGCAACAGAUGGUGAUACACAUGCUCAUAAGACAUGGUGGUAUGAGUAACUGCAUCAACGGGGUCUCGCUGCAAGAUCUCUUCAGUAAAAAACAGUCCGGUCUUCCUAAACCUGCGGACUCAACAACCACCUCAAACCACCUCAACGACCAAAGUCACCAGGACGGUACAGAUAAAAAGCCAUACGCCUGCGACCACUGUGACUUCAGCGCCUCGGAGCUGUCUGCCAUUGCGGCCCACGUACAUGUUCAGCACACUGCUGUCAGCGUGUGGGACCAGAGGCCUGAGGCCUUAGCUGACACGCCCAGCCAAAGCCACGCCCCUUCCACCAGCCAUUCUGGCUUCCCCCGCCUGAGGAAUGCCCUGCUCCAGCAGACCCGCUGGCCGAGCUUCUCCCCCACCCAUCCGGAGAGCCCCGCCGAAGGGAAGAGCAAAGGGCACAGAGGGGCUGUCGCAGACAGAUUGGACGCUGGCCUGCUGAACCUGUCCGUGGAGGUGGACGGCCCGAAAGAAGCCGCUCCGGCAUCGGGUCAGAACGGGCUGGUGCGACACCAGUGCCCGUACUGUGCCCACGCCACUCUGUACCCCGAGGUGCUGUGGAUCCACCAGAGGGUGGCGCACCGAGUGGACAGCGCCGCGCUGGCCCCCAAGUGGGCCCCCAGGAACAGCCUCGGCAGGCCCAAGUCGGCCCUCGACUUCAAGAGGCGCACGGGACCGCCGCCGUUCCUGGAGGGUAAGGACUGUCCGUCACUUCCCCAGGCGCGCGCUUUCCGCACCAGCUCCCCCGGGCCGAGCCGCACGGGGCCGCACAGGGACGACCCGCAGAGGGACAGCUUGGAGCUCGCGCAAGGCAAGUGCCAGCACGACGGCCCACCAGCGCGACCUGCCAAACACAAGGCCGGCAGGUCCCGGGUGGAUGAGGUCCGGGUGCCCAGAAGCGAUGCGGAGGCCCGCCGGAGGGUCGCCACGGGGGCGAGCGCAGUGGGACCAGCCGCGAGUCCCCAGAAGACUGGAAGCCCAAAGACAGGCAGCAGAACAGGGGAGAGUAGUCUCUUCCCCCAUGAGGGACUUCGCUCCAUGCUCUCCAGCAAGCACAACGCCUCGGGCCACAGAAGCCCAGCCCACCAGGCUCCGCAGGCUCCCAAUAGAGCCCAACCCCGAGCCCAGGACACGCAGGCCUCAGUUGGGUAUGACCCCUGGAGUAGGCUGGGCCUUGCUAAACCGUCCUCCCACUCCCAACCCAAGAGGCAGCAGGCGGCGGAUGGUGCAGAAGCUCUGACAGACAUAUUCAGCUUCUUAAAGAAGUGCAGCCCUCAUGACCUGGCCACUCUCUACCAGCAUUGGGGCUUCAGUAACAUCAUGAUGGAGCAGACAGGGAUGGUGAGCUCAGGGCAACAUCAGGGGGAGCAUGUCUGUCCAGUGUGCGGGAAGAGCUUCAGCCAGCCCAGCCAUUACCGCACACACAUGAGAUCCCACACAGGUGAGAGACCAUUCCGGUGUCAGUACUGUUCCUACAGCGCCACCCAGAAAGGCAACCUGAAGACCCAUGUCCAGACAGUGCACCGGCUCACCUUUGACAGCGCCCAGUACCCUGACAGGAAUCUCCGGCAUGCCCCCUCAGAUGACCCCUCACUCCCUUCCAGCCCUGGAACAUCGCACACAGCCCCCACCUCCUGAAGAGGGUCAGGAGAAUGAGGAGACUUCUGUUACGUGGUUUUAGGAGCGCAUAUCCAUCGAACGCUCUGUCAUCUCUUCAUGUGGAAGGUGUUUAAGUUUAAAGAAUUAACCAAGGAGAGCAGGUUUUCCUAACGUAUAACAUUUAACUGUACAUAACAUUGGUUUGUUCAAUAGCUCUUAGUUUGUUUCUGUGUUUCAGUCUUGUUUGGAAUCUGAUGUCAGAUUUUCACCUGAGGAAUACAAACCUAGCCACUUUUACAGAUAAAACAGCAAUGACAUGUUUACAACAUGUCCCCUUUUCUCUUAACCUGAAGCCAUUUCAUACUUGAGAUUAAAAAGACUCAUAGAAAGUGCUGUCAUUAAGAAAUGUCCUAAACCCAGGGACAAGUACAUCGGUGGAUCUUAUACUUGAAAUGCUGCUUGCAAAUGCCCAGGAUGACAUGUUAUAAAUUGAACUGGUAGCCUUAGAUAUUGUGUGUGUGUGUGUGUGUGUGUGUGUGUGUGUGUGUGUGUGUGUGUGUGUGUGUGUGUGUGUGUGUGUGCGCGUGCGUGUGUUCCAUGUUCUACUCCUCAGGACUUCAGUUAGAUACAGUUCCAAAGUCUGCAUUUUUUCCACUAGCCUGGGAGUGAACAGGCAAAUAAUUUGGUUUGGCAUAGACUUGGCAUUAAAUUCAAAAUUUGUCACAACAUUGUGUAUCAUGAUUUCAGGGAGUACACAGUGUAUACAAUCUAAGUACAUAAAAAUAGUAGGUGAAGGUUUCUUAGUCCAUUUAGGGUAUUGCCCUGUUUUUCAGAACGGUUGGUUUUCCAGAGACUAUUUAAAAGUAGUUUUAAACUUAACGGGACUGGUCCAAUACGUUUAUUUGUUUCUGAAAUGAAAGCUAUUAGGUAGAUAUCUAAGGAACAUAAGGAAGAGGUAGAUAUGUCAAAUGUUGUGGUGUGAAAUGACCAUAUGAACAAAAUCUGCAUCAUGCUGCGUUGUCAGUUCUGACUUUGAUUUAGCAUAGCUGCUUUAUUGUUUUUCCCUUGAAUUUAGGCAGUUUCCAAUUAUUGUAUCCAAAAAGAGGAAAAAGAAAACACAGUAUCAACAGCAACAGGACUCUCCUCUGUCUAAGCUUAUGGCAAAAUAAAGCCAUGGUGGGAUUUUUCUCAAUAUUGCUGGAGGAUAUUGAAUAUAAAUGUACAGAACUGGGAUUUCUCCGUCAAUAAUCACAUUUAAGUUAUUGCAUUACAGAGACUAGCUUAAUAGCUCAGACCAGAUCUAUAGUUGGAGAGGUAGUGUGUUUUAUAAUGACUCUAAAAAGCUUUAGAAUGCCAUAUUUUUAGAGGUUAAAGGUUAAAGAAAUUCAUGGCCAUAUAUUUCUAUGAAGGUUGAAUAAUAUAAUUAGGCAUUUGCAUAUUUAGUUAUACACGUUUGUGUAAGUUUAAACACAUCCUUAUAUUUACAGUAGUCAGUAAUGAACAUUUAUCUUAAUAUUAAAAUCUCCUGAUUUCAGUGAAUAUGCUGAAUACUAGAGUUAGAAAUAGUUAUCGGUCCCACAGUAUAUAAGUGGUCCUUAAGGUAAUGUUUUAUGUACACCCAUAAUGUGAAUCUUGGGUACACUACUGCACGGCAGGGGUCUGUGAUUAACAUGAAUUCCCCCAUACACAUCCUCUGCACACCUGCCCAAAGUUAUAAUGACAGUGUCUAGGCACAGUCUAUUGUAGAGUGGGACACAGUAAUCGCAAAGACAUCCCCAAAUUGAGCAUCAAAAACGUCCCUCCCCGUUGGUUGUAUGAUGAACUAAGACCGAUGAGUACUAGAAUGCAAGAGUCUAAAGAAGGAAAUAGCACCAGUUGAAAGAUUGACUAAAAAAUGUAUUUUUAGUUUUUUUUUCUCUCUUUUAUGUAACAUUAAUUUUGUGCUUUUGAGUAGCUGUAGGUGAAUGUAUGGACAUGUUGUGGUAUGAGGGUUUUUUCCUGGAUUUAUUAUAACUCAGUGAAGUACACAAAAGUGUCAGUUAUCAUCCUUGGAUCACUUCUGUUUCGAAUAAACUGUCCACUGUUUAAGUUUUAAAUCUCCCAAAAUAAAGUUUACCUCUGA